CAGGUGUAGUGGUGGGCGCCUGUAAUCCCAGCUAUUCAGGAGGCUGAGGAGGCUGAGGCAGGAGAAUCACUUGAACCCGGGAGGCGGAGGUUGCAGUGAGCUGAGAUCUCACCAUUGCACUCCAGCCUGGACGACAGAGCAAAACUCCAUCUUAAAAAAAAUAAUAAUUUAUAAUACAAAGCCCUUUGCAGCCUUGCUGUAUAGCAUGGGCAUUAAGAGCCAGACUUAUUUCUUUUUGAGCUCUAGAUCCACAUGGGGAAUCACUUCAUCUCUCCAACCUCAAUUUCAUUAUCUGUGAAAUGGGAGAUAAUAUUGAAUAAUAGCAUCUACUACCAAGAGUUGUUGAGAGGUUUACAUGAGAUAAUGCAUAUAAAGUGCCUGACCCAUAAAUAUUACCUAUUUUCACGGUCAUUGCACAUUUGUGAGCUAGAAGGCUCGUGAUGUGGGGUGGACAAUUUUGGCCUAGGAGACUGGAGUUUCUCAGCCAGAUAAAAUCCACCAAGUCUGAAAAGGGAGGUUGAGACCAAGGAGACCAAGACUUUGGUUCUAAGUACAUAAGGUGGUGCUGGUUUUCUGUGGGGUUAUUCUAUUAUUUAUGUUGCUACAAACAAGGAAAUUGAUGUACAAUUGUUUUUUUCAAGGUCACUCUUCACUUUAGAAGAAUAAAGAAGGAAAAUACUGCAGUCAUUGGAUUUCUGGACUACAGCUUGACUCAUUAGUCUUUCUUUUCUCUCCAAACAGAAAGUUAAAUUAUUGUUCUGAGGUUCUUAAAUUCAGAGUGGAGUUUGUGCUUGAACCAAGUAUAAUAUUACUUGAUGUGCAAUUGGGCAGAAUAGUUAGAAGUUUGGAUGAAAUUUUAUCCUCUUCCUGUUUCUUUUUGGCUUUUGUUGCUCUGGAUUUUUUUUUUUCUUUUUUCUUGGACAGGGUCUUGCUCUGUUUCCUAGGCUGGAGUGCAGUAGCAUAAUCAUAGCUCACUGUAACCUUGAACUUCUGGGCUCAGGUGAUCCUCCCACUUCAGUGUCCCGCGGAUUUAUGUUGAGGUUUGUCAAUGUUGGAUACUAUUGUCCUUGUAGCCUGUGAUGUGAGAAAUAGCCCAGGGGCAUUGUAUAACUUUGGGAAAUGGAGGUGGGGAGAUGCUCAUUGGAUGCCUUUGGAAUUCUUGGGACUAACGGAUUUAAAAUAUUACACUGGUGUCACUGUCCUUGGGGUCCAAUCUAUGAGAUUCGUUGAUGAUCAUUGGAAGUCAAGGGGUGGCCAGACAGAUGAGCCCGAAAGAGAAUCCAUCAUGGAUUGAGCUGUGUUGGGUGGAAGUAAGAUCAGACUUGACUCCGCCUGCAUUCCUCACAGGCCCUGGACGGCUUGCCUUCUCUGUCCCAUUUCUGGAUAGCGGAAAUGCACUCACUUCUCCAUUUAUUAUUCAGUAAUGAUGUAAUUCAUUUGUUCAUUUACUUAAUAUUGAAAGAGGCUGUCCUAUGAACCAGGCGCUGUUCUAAGUACUUGGAAUGUGGCAGUGAGCAAAGUAGAGGAAAAUUCCUGCCCUCGUGGAGCUUCUUAGUGGAAAGAGGCAGACAAAACCCAAAACCAAACAAUCAGUAAAAUAUUAGAAACGGAUAUGUUCUAUAGAGAAAAAUCGAGCAGGGGAAGAGAUAAGUUUCACUAGGUUGGGCAGGGGGUUGGAGGAGAGUUUGCAAUUUUGCAUAAGUUGGUCAGGGAAGUCUAGUUUUCACAUUGGAGCAAAACCUGGUAUAGGCAAGGGAAUAGCAAGGGCACGGAGUGAACCUGGGGCAUGUGGGAAAAGCAAUCCAGGCAGGAAGACUGUGUGGAAGGGAGGAAGGGGCCUGGGGACGGUGGGGACCCUACAAGGCCUGUAAACCAUUACAGGUACUGCAGAAUCUGGGCAGCUCUGACUAAGGGGGGCAGUUGCUGGGGUGUUGAGCAGAGGAGUGACGUGAUGUGUGAUUUAGGUUUUAAGUUUUUUUCACUUUGGCUGGCUGUAAAAAUAAAGUACUAAUGGGCUAGAAAAGGACUUUUGUGUGUGUGCGCUCGUGCUAAAGGGACAGUCACAUAUUUACUGUAAUGAUAUCCCAUUGCGUGUAAACAAGAGUGCAUUUUGUCAUUAAAAUGAACCAAGAGUUAUCAUGAAGCCAUGGUCCUUGAGGGAGUUGGACCCCCUGGAAGUUUCACCACAUGAGUGAUGACGCAGGAGGAUUCUGUCAUCAUCAGUGACAAAGUCAUGACCGUUGACUGAAGCAGGGUGAAUUACAUGGUGUGCGUUGCUAUAUGUGCAAAGACAUAUCUUUUGUUUCCUGAAUAUAAUUUUGGCCUAGAUUGCUUUAGAUGGAACUUGGAAAAAUCCUGCAGAAGAAUUGAGUCUUGUUUCUCCAAAAAUGACUUCAGUUCCUUUCUUUGCUCUCUCUCCUUUCAUCCUUCCCAUCUCUGCCUUUCAGUGAUGCUCAGAGGUCAGGGAAUUGCCCUAACAGUCUGUAUAUUUCUGAGUGGUGGUCAUUAAUUUUCCUUGGCUUGGCUGAGGAAACAUUCCUCUCACCUCUUUUGAGCAUCGAGCACCACCUUGGUGUGAAUGAGUUUUGACAACGGAACCUUGUUCUUCAGCCAGGGUUGAAGAGGUUGGUGAAAUUCCACUUCCUAUUAAUUUUCUUGUAUAAUUUGGACACCUAGGAAAACAUCUGAAGAAAGUUUUCAUUUUGUGAGCUCAUAAUAAAUGCCAUAACAUGGUGUCUCCAGGCUGUUGGCUUCGGGUGUGACUUUUGUACAGAAGGUGUGCAAAGAAUGAUUACUAUAAAGAUUAAUUAGGAACAUGUAAUGAUUCUGUCUUUUAAACUUUUGAAACAUGGAAAUGGAUUUACACAGAUAAUAAUUCUGAAGUUUUCACAUCUCAUUUUUAUAUUUGCCAAACAACCCCACGAGUUUCUUUUCUUGGCAGUGCAAAUGUUUGGAGAUAUAUUGUAUGUUCUUCAGCACAUGUGACUUCAUGUUUUUCUUCACAUAUUGUAGUUGUGCAAGCCCGUGGUUGGAGCCUCACUGGGUAGACUCCCAGCCAUCAUUUCAGCUUUAAUUGGUUGUAAAAUAUUAGCAGGAAGGCAAAGUUAUUUUACACCAAAGUGACUUUUUUGGGAAGUAGCAAAUUAAAUUUUAUGGUAGCAGCUGUUCUGAGCAGAAUUUGUCGGAAAGUUGAUGAGAAGCGAAAGCUUCCAACAGUUCGAUAUAAAUCCUUAGUUUAAAAAAGAUGCAAGCCGCACAUAAAUGAGGCUAUGGAAGUAGAGAAAAAUAUUUUUGGCCCAUAUUUUAUUUAUUUAUUUUGUAAAUAAUUUAAAAGUGAGGCCUUCGUUAUUUCAUACUUCAGUCUUAGUCUUUCAAAAAUAAUCGUUGCUCUGAUUUUGCAAUGGGAGCCUUUAUUUAGUUUAGAAGUCAAUAAUAAUAAUAUGCUAAAAAAGGAACAUAACUUAAGUAGAGAACCUCCCUAAGGGGAGAGUUCUGAGUGGAAAAAACACAAACUGUUUUUCCUCUGCUUUUACCCCACAGCAAUCAACACAGAAGAAUUCUGUGACCAGAUGUGUGAGGGAUUUUCCCACACAUACCAAGCAAGUGAUCAGUUCUGCAGUGGACAUCAGCUGGGUGUCCUCUAAUUCAAUUCCAACCCUAUCUACCUGGAGAUAGCACCAGAUCCCACAGGUUGAGGGCUCAGUCCUACAAGACCGCCCCCGUCACCCACUUCCAAUGCCAAUCGCAAGCUCCAGUUGGCUUUAUCUGGCUUGUGACCAGCGGGCUAUUAAUCAGGGUUCCCACAACUCUCUCCUUGGGUUCUGUUAAUUUGCUAGAGUGGCUCACAGAACUCAGGGAGACCCUUACUUAUGUUUACUGGUUUAUUAGAAAGACUUACAGGUCGGGCGCGAUGGCUCAUGCCUAUAAUCCCAGCACUUUGGGAAGCCAAGACAGGCGGAUCACUUGAGGUCUGGAGUUUGAGACAAGCCUGGCCAACAUGGUGAAACCCCGUAUCUACUAAAAAUAUAAAAAUUAUCUUGGUGUGGUGGCAGGCACCUGUAGUCCCAGCUACUCAGGAGGCUGAGGUGAGAGAAUCGCUUGAACCCAGGAGGCGGAGGUUGCAGUGAGCUGAGAUUGCACCACUGUACUCCAGCUUGGGUGACAGAGACAGACUCUGUCUCAAAAAGAAAAAAAAAGAAAGACUAUUGCAAAGGAUACUGAUGAGGAGGUGCGUAAGGUGAGGAAGGGUUACAGAACUUCCAUGCCCUCCCCUGCUGCACCCCCUCCAGGAACAGCUGUCCAGAAGUUCUCACUACCGUGUUCUCUUGGGCCUUUUUGGGACGCUUCACCGGAUAGGUGUGAUUGAAGCGUGGACACCCAUGGAGAAAUGUGAUUAGACACAGAGGGAAUGAUCUAAUCCUAACAGACGAGUGGGGAAAUCCAGCCAGUCCCGUCCUUUCAGGUUCUUCUUGGGCUCUCUGUGCAGGAUUCCUUCCUCCUGGGUAUGGGGCAGGACCCCUUCUGAAAUGGGGGUCUUGUGACCCACAAUCAGACAAUGGACAUCAGAGAAUUUCUUUAUGGAAAGGUAGGGGAAGGUGAGAGCAUAUUUUGUUUCUAUGGCCUGUCUUGGGGAGAAAAAGGAGCAGACAAAAGGAGGGCAGGGGCCGGGCGUGGUGGCUCACACCUGUAAUCCCAGCACUUUGGGAGGCUGAGGCGGGUGCAUCACUUGAGGUCAGGAGAUUGAGACCAUCCUGGCCAACAUGGUGAAACCCUGUCUCUACUACAAAUACAAAAAUUAGCUGGGUGUGGUGGCAUGUGCCUGUAGUCUCAGCUACUCGGGAGGCUGAGGCAGGCCAAUCGCUUCCAUGCAGGAGGUGGAAGUUGCAGUGAGCUGAGAUCACGCCACUGCACUCCAGCCCGGCAACAGAGUGAGACUCUGUCUAAAAAACAAAAACAAAAACAAAACAACAACAACAACAAAAAAGGAGGGCAGGAUAAAACUCUGCCUGAGAGGUUCUGUUUUCUGAGGCCUAAAGAAUCCCAACAUUCUACCACAGGGCUGUCUUUCACCUUCAUCACCGAUGCUAUUCCAAAGCUGCUUUGGGAACCACGGACCAAAGUCCACAUACUUUAACAGAAGAGAUACGUAUUGUUUCAGUCACUUAGGAAAUAACAAGCAUCCUGGGAGUGAUGAGCCAUGAAGGUGGAUGGAAACCAAUGUACAUGUUUCAUAAUAUCACAGGAGUAUACUGGAUAAGUCAUUUGAGAAGAAGCUGGGACAUUUGCACGUGUUAUUCCCUUUCUGGAACUUUCUCCCACCACACAUCUUUGUCUUGUUGAUGACUUUUUGUCCUUUAGGCCUCAACUGUCAACAGGGAUGCCUUUUCUGGUCUGGCUAGUGCUCUCUACUGUAAAUUCUUCUAGCCUUGUGUAGUUCUUCUUAGCACUCAUUUUAUAUUUAUUUGAGUAAUUCUUCAUCCUGUGAACUCCAUAAGAUAAAGAAGAGUUCCGUUAUUUUUUCUGGACAUUAUUGUAUCAUCACUGCCUAAAAACAAUGCUUGGCAUGGUGAUAAGUAUCUGUGAUUGAUAAAUAUUUGUUUCAUGAAGGAACCUGUGAGUGAAUUGAAUUUGGUUGGCGACAGGAAGGCCAGUACAAAGAUUCCGGCCCGCAGCCUCAAGUCCAAAUGCUGAAGGGGCCGGGUAGCUAAGGUAAAUGGGUGAAGCAGACUGUGAGGAAUAUGAGUUGCUCUGGGCAACCAGAUAGAAUGUUCUGGACAGGUGCUCGCUUGGUGGAUGUUCUCUUGUUCCUUCCGUGGAGGCGGAUUCUUCUUACUCAGGGAUGUAGGCUUGAACCGUGGUAAAUAUCAAAGACUCCCUGGGAAGAUAGGACUUAUGGAGUAGAGAAGACUGAGGAAACUUACACUACUCUUCAUUGAAGUCUUUCUGGAAUCCACAGCAAUGGUGACUGAAAGAGGAAAUCAUGAGAUUUUAUUAACAGGUGCUGAAGAAAUAUUAUUGGAAAGAUGGAGGCAAAGCUUUCCUUGGUUUUUGCUUCUGACUUGAAGAGUCACUAGAAGCCUCAGGCCCUUCAGAAAUCUUGAGUGGGAAGAAGCGUUAUGGCAGGCAGGAUCUUGUGGACCCGUGGAAAUCAAGAAGCCAUUGAUUUUCUGUGCAGAAUUCUGCAUUGACUAAAACCCUAAGGCCUAUCUCCCAGAGCUUCGACAGCUGUUUAGUCAGAUAAUUGUGUCCGAAUUGAUUAUGAAAAUAAUAGACCAGCCAUAAAGCAGCAUAAAAUAUUAUGAAACUAUUCCAGAAGUUCAGUAAUAUCUUUGGGACCUGCUCAUAGCCCAAGUUUUGUGAAUACUUCUUUUGUUAAAAAAAUUUUUUACUUUACCAGCGCAUUGCAAUUCUUUUCCAUCAGUGAAUUUCAUUCUGCAGACUUUUCAGAGCAUCUCAUAAUCAGUCAACAAAUCUAUUUCAAAUGUGUUUGUUACUAAGCAACGGUUGCUAAGAGCUUCUGUAAUUAAGAUGAAAGUUCCAAGGUAACAAUGCCCAAACACAGCACCAUUUUCACCAUUUUCUGAUAAUGCGGGAGUAGGAUGGCUAAAAGUGAAAGAAGAAUCUACUCUAUGGAAAGCAUGGCACCUGAAAUUUCUGAAGAUAAUGGCUGUCCUCUAGCUUAUAUGAGAGAGAGUGUUUGUGCUUUACUAAUCAACCAGUCAUUUUUUUCUUGUGUGGCUGAAAUGUACAUUCCAGACUUGAACAGGCCUGGUAAGGCAGAACGGAGAGCCGAGAAGGGCCUGAGGCCUCCCAGGAAGCUGGCUGGGGAGACCAGAAGGCUGCAAAGCUGGCCAACGCUUGCCAGGUGGCUGUGGAGAGUCAGCUUCAGUCUCUACAAGCCGCCCAUCCAGGCAGCUCCUGAACCAGAUCCAGGCAACUGGGCCAAGUCCCCAAGGCUGUCUCUGGGACCAGAAGGUAUAACCAAAGGGAAGCAUGGAUUUAAAUUCCAGGGCAUAAAAGAAAAGUUCAACGUAUCUAAGAAGGUGCUGAAAAUGACUUUUUUGUAAAUGUCUGAAGGACACUGUCUUAUACCAAAUCAUAUACAAUAAAAUUUUAAAUGAGCCUGAGUUCUGUUUCCAUCCGUGCCCUGUGGAGCACAUGUGACUUCAAAGGCAGCUCUGUAGGGUGCAGGGAGGAAGGAGUGUGCUUUUAUUUCUCAUUUUGGCACAAAUCCAUCAAACUAUUUUUGAUGGCUGGGAAACAAAACUUACAUUCCCUCUAAAUUCAUUGCGUUUGGCAGAUCCACCUUUGUUUUUCUACAGUGAUGGCUUCCACUUCUUCAACCUUUGCAUUCCUCUUACUUUGAGGCUUUAUUUAGCAGGAAAAAAGGCAAGAAUGAUGCUAGAUUUCAAGGGAAGCCUUAAAUAGCCCAGUUCAUUAAGUAGUCCCCUCCACAACUUCCCAUUUCUUCUCCCCAACCCCUAAUUUAAAACAGUUGUUUGGAAGACUUUUAAACCGGAAACAUCCCUUUCAUAGGAGACUUAUGAUGUAAAAAGGAGCUCGUGGUUUCAUUUCAAUGUGAUGGGACCCCUUGGUGAUGAGCAAAUAUAACUUCAACCUAAUGAAUGUGCCCAGUGGCUGUGUGUGUGUGUGUGUGUGUAUGCACGUGUGCAUGUGUGUGCGUGUGUGUGCCUGUGAGCUUCUAGAGACUCUGGAAUUCCAUUCAUCAUAAGAAUUAGAGAUGUUAGCAUUGCUUUCAGCAAUUCUGUCUCUUCUUUGCCACCAUAGGACUGUUCCUUAUGGCUUGCUUUUGAGAUGUUUCCUUCAUGAUCUGUGUUUGUGCUGCCUUGCCCCGUCACCUCUCAACACUGCACUUCAGUGGAGACUGAUGCAGGCUGUGCUGUUUCUAUUUCUUUUUUAGAGAUGUAGUCUUGCUCUGCUUCACAGUCUGGAGUACAGUCCUGUGAUCAUAACUCACUGCAGCCUCAAACUCCUGGGCUCAAACAUCUUCCUGCCUCAGUCUCCUGAGUAGCUGGGACUACAGGUGCAUGGCACCAUGCCUGGCCAAUUUUUAAAGCGUGUAUUUUUGGUAACAAUGGGGUCUUGCUAUGUUGCCGAGAUUGGUCUCAAACUCCCAGCCUUCAAGCAAUCCUCCCACCUCAGCCUCCCAAAGUGCUGAGAUUCCAGCUAUGACCCACUAUACUCGGCCUUGUUUUAAUUUCUUUUGGACUAUUUAUUUCUGAUCAUUUUUAUUGCUCUUUUCCAAACUCUACAUUCCCCAUCCUCUUUGAAACUUUGAAUCCUGAUGUGGUUGGGUGGUGGGUUCUGCCUAACUUGUUAAAAGUGACCCUAAUGAGCCUGAAGUGGUUGGUUUCAUUGCAUUAGGGUCUUUUGACAGCUCAGGGAGAAACUGCCACUCUGUAAGCAUUUAUCACCUCUACUAGGGAAAAAAGGCCCAGGCCUGAUUAUAAUGGUUCAGCAAGUGGAGGAGAAGAUAUUAUUAGCUUCAAUGUCUUUGGUAUUGGACUUCUUUUCAUUCCUGCAUUAAUAACUCAUAAUUUAUUGAUCUUUUCCCUAAUCUUUGUUAGUGAUGUUGCCUUAAAUUAUAAAGGACAGUAAUACAAUAUGAGUAACAGUUCUAUCAAUAUGCUAAAAGCUUUACCUCCUCCUACUCCUUCCUUUUUAAUCAAAAUAGGACCUUCCCUGAAGGAUUGGGUUAUGAGUACAAUGAAUUUAUGUUGGUCUAGUAGGCAAUAUUAUGAUUUAAAAGCAUUUCUCAAUGGCCAAGUAGAUAAGGAAUUAUAUGAAAUUCUACAAAUACCAAGAGGUAUUUCAGUGGUUUACAAAUAUUGUCUACCUUCUGUAUGCAUAAAAUGUCAUAGAUUGGUGCCAGUGAACACACACACAUAUCUCAGGUGAGGAUUGGCCUCAGAGAACUUACUGGUACAUUCUAGAAGACAAACAUUUAAAAAAAAAAGAACUUACAUGAAAUAUUUACUAAACAACAUAAGAAAACUUCAAUGUUAGAUUGGUUGGAGAUAUACAUAUACAACCAAUUGGAGAUUUUGUAUAUUUAUAUAAUAUAUAUAAUUAUAUAUGUUGAAGAUUUUAUGAAUAUAUUGGUUUGACAUGAUAUAUAUAUAUGUAUUCUGAUGAUACAUGAUCAUCAGAAUUCAGAGAAGGGGAACAAUAGAUUGGAUGAAGUUGAAGAUGCCAAUAUGAAGGGGAAGGAAGAAUUUGGAUAAUUUGGAUACAGGGGAGCAAGGUGGGGAGAAGAAGAGUUCCAGGCAUGGGAAAUAACAUCAGUAAAUUCAAAAAGAAGGACUAAGUGGUGGGGAUUUAUGGAAGGGCAGGACGACUUGAGCUCAGGGCUCUUGUGACAUAAAAGACUUAGUGAGCUUUUUACUGAUAUCUUCAGUGUAUGAAUAAAGUUGAUGAUAAAGAACUUUAAGAAUAUGCAGUUCUCUGUACAGAUAUGAAGUAGCGAUUAUCCUCAAAUUAUAUUGUUGCUAGCUUAAGUAGUUUAGUCUAUUUGCCAAAAUUGAAAGAAAAUUAUGAAAUCACAAGUACUUAUAUUUGCAAAUACACUGGAGUGUCCCAAAGUGACAAAAAGCACAGAUUUGUCUUUGACUUUGUACAGAAUAAGAUCUAGAACAGUGAGAAUCUUGGCACUUGCUGGAUUUUUAAGAGUUGCAUGGAUUUAUUAUAUAGACAUCCUUUGGUAUCAACUUCAAAGGGAUAGUAUAUGUGACUUUCCAGGCCACCUGUAGAAGGCAGUCUUCAUUGUCCAGGGAAAGUGUUAAGCAUUGAUAAAAUCCCACUGAUAUGAGAUAUUUCAAAAAAAUUUCUGGCUUGUUAUUAGAACCAGCCAAAAUGAUUUUAUUGAGUAUCUUCUAUGACCCCAGCAGCCUACAAGAAAAUAUGUGGGACCCCUGAUUCUUGAUCCUACAGAACUUAUUAGGAAGAUGAGAGUAUUCACUGGAGGAAAAUUAGGAAAUAAAGGCAUAUACAAGGAGGGAAUACUUGAAGGGGGUAUAAGUGGAUGUCUUUGCUGCUGUUCUUUCUCUCAUUUCCCUUUUCCUUAGGAAAUUGAUCUGUCAUAUUUUCAACUGCUAUCUCUACUGGUGACUCAAAUAGAUAUCUCUUCUGGAUCCCCUACCCAGACACUGAGCAUUUUUGCACCAUCCUAAACUUCAGAUCUCCAAACCCAAACUCUGUCUCUCCCAACCAGAUUAAGUCUCAUUUUCUGCCUUUUAUAGUACCCUUCUUCUAAUCACCCAGGCUCAAAAUCAUUGACUAUUUCUGCACAUCUGUACAUAUUUAUAUUUAUCACUCGCCAUGGCCACUUAUUCUGGAUUGUGAGUAGAUCAAAAGAAUAGAGAGAUUUUUAAUCAAGUGAGCCUAAAUAUGCAAAGCAAGUAUGGAGGAGAGAAGGAAAUGAAGUGAGACUCUCAGGUCGCUUCCGUGGAAGACACAGAUGGUAGAGUUUUGACUUAGUGGCACUGAGAUAGAUCUGUUUCAGGGCAAGAUAGAACAGUGGGAGAGAUCCUGGCUGGGCGUGGUGGCUCAUGCCUGUAAUUCCAGUACUUUGGGAGGCUGAGGUGGGCGAAUCACCUGAAGUCAGGAGUUUGAGACCAGCCUGGCCAACAUGGUGAAACUCUGUCUCUAUUAAAAAUACAAAAACUAGCCAGGCAUGGUGGUGGGCGCCUGUAAUCCCAGCUAUUCGGUAGGCUGAGGCAGGAUAAUUGCUGGAACCCGGGAGGUGGAGGUUGCAGUGAGCCGAGAUCGCACCACUGCACUCCAGUCUGGGUGAUAGAAAGAGACUGUGUCUCAAAACAACAACAACAACAACAACGACAACAACAACAACAGGAGAAAUCCCCACAUUCCUUGGCCUGAAAAUGUAUUUGUAUGUACAUUACCUGUUAACUUCCUUAAUAUUGGUAUAUCAAAUUUUGAUAGCGUUUUGCUUUCAAAGUUUUAGAAAAGCUUAGUUUUGAAAUGAAUUUGCAACUUUAAAUUUGCAUUUUCUAUCACUUCAUUUUGGUAUCCUGGUGGGUUUACAUGCAAAACACAUCUAUCUCCAGGCUGUCUAAUGUGCUACUGUCAAUUAGUGGAGUUAACUGUCAUGUGUUGUGGGCUGUCUUUCCCCGGUGGCAUUUAAACGGAGAUGUCAUCGCUAUUUCAGAUACUGAAGUUGUGAGCCUAGCAUUGGGUAGGAGAUUGGACUAGCUCUCUACGACUCAUUCUAAGAUUAGGAUUUUCUAACUUGAUAGUGAUUCAUAAGACAAUUAUUUCAUAAUGCAUUUCUACUAUUAUAUAGUGUGCACGUGAUAGGCAUACAUUGAUUUGGACUUUUCCUAUGACAACUUGGAAGGCAGAAAGUUAAGCACUUAAAAAUGAUGUCCAAGGGUGGCAGGGUAUUCAUGAAUUAUACUAUGAUUGUUGAAUUAAGCUAAAAUAAAUAUUAUCUUGAUUUUAUUUGCCAACAUUUUUGGUAGGAUGGAACUCAAGAGGUAGGGACUGAACCUUGGAAGAACGGGGAUUGGCAUGACCGUGGCAUUAAAGUGAUUAAUCCCCUGACAAUUAGCCUAAGUUUAUAAAGUUAUACAGUGUUAAGGGCUCAGGGUGUCUCUCCAUAAGCAAGAUAGAAAGGGUUCGAAAGAAAUACCAUUUCCUUCUUUGAACUGAAGCCAUUUGAGAUAAGGAAUGAAAGAGUAUAAUUUUAAGGCAUUUGGUAGAUACUGUUAAAAAAAGUUUCAGGGUCAAACAUACUUUAGAAUUGUUCUCCUGGGGUUUUCAGUCAGGUCCAAUGUUCCCAGUGUGAUGUUUUCAGAUGCCUCCUCUCUACUCCAGGGAGGAAGUCAGAAGUUAUUGUAUGAAGCCUGAAAAUGUAGUUCCUUUAGAUCCUGUGCCAGUAUCCCAUCAUCAUCUUGGGACAAAGAAUAUGGUAAACAUCCACAGCUUACACAAUAGAAUGGAAUAAUUCCUUUGAACCAGAUUAACCAUAGGGAAAAUGUCUUCAUAUCUUCAUAGCAGCCAAAGCUGUGUUGUGUGUAUUUAGCACUGACUUCAGACCUCACUUGGGCGUGUGUUCUUCCUCAGCAGGGCUUAGUUCUCCACAGGGAACUUCUUCACUCUAACCCUCUUGUAUAGGUGGUCCUGGGUUUUUUUUUUGUUUGUUUGUUUUUGUUUUUGCUGUCAUGAAAUACUUUUGAAGAGUGCCAAUCCCCAAUAAAUAGAGAAGGAUGAUGGGAGAGAGAACCGGUAUUUUAUGACUGCCCUAGUAAUUAAUAAGUGACCUAGGUAAGAAUGGCCAGCAGGUGCUAAAAUCAGUGAGUGAAAGAUUGUUGAAGAAUAGAGUAUUCUCCAAGUAUCAACCCUUGGACUACUUAGUUACAAAGAUGAAAUACACCUUUAUGAUGGGGAAUACUUUAAACCAGUGAUCAAAUUUAAAUAUAUAUAUAUAUAUAUAUUUUUUUUUUUUUUUGAGACACAGUCUCACUCUGUUGCCCAGGCUGGAGUGCAGUUGUGCUAUCACAGCUCACUGUAGCCUUGACCUCCUAGGCUUAGGUAAUCCUUCUAUCUCAGCCUCCUGAGUAGCUGGGGAUAUAGGCACAUGCCAUCAUGCAGGGCUAAUUUUUAAAUUUUUGGUAGAGACAGGGUCUCCCUAUAUUGCCCAGGCCAAGCUGGUUUCGAAUUCUGGUCUCAAGGGAUCCUCCUGCGUCAGCCUCCCAAACUGCUGGGAUUAUAGGUGUAAGCCACUGUGCCUGGCUAAAUUUAAACAAUUUAACAUCAUUACUAGAGUAACAAAUUGACAUCAUUUACCCAUUGACUUAUUCUCUGCCCAUCACUUAGCAUUCCUCUGCACUAUGUUCCACCUGAAUCGAAUCAUGAGGAAACAAUUAGAUAAAUCCUCAAAUGAGGUGUUAUCCUCUUAGGAAAUAUCAGUCAUUAUAGACCAGAAAGGCUGGGGAGCUGUUUAAAGGAGAUUGAAGAGAUAUGACAUCUAAAUGUAGGAUGUGAUCCUGGAUCCCAUCCUGGAUCAGGGAAAUAGCUAUCAAGGACAUUUCUUGGUCCAUUUGGGGAAAUUUGAAAAUGGACUAUAUAAUAGAUAAUGAUAUUGUAUCAAUGGUCAAUUUCCUGAGUGUGAUAAUUAUGCAUAUAUAAGAGAAUGUUUUUGUUUUUGGGAGAUUCAUGUUGAAGCAUUUAUGACUUAAUUGUCAUGAUGCUUGCUACUAACUUUCAAGGAGUUCACAUUUAUACAUGUAAAUUAUCUAAA